AUGGCGAAAGUUGAAGAAGAAAUCAAAUGCAAGCAUCUGUUAUACUCGUCGGGAAAACACGGAAUCGAACUUUUCAACAGCUGGGACAUGUCUGCGGAUGAGCUAGAAAAGCUGGACAAUUACUAGAUGAGAUUCGAAAAUUUGUCAAGCCACACUCCAAUGAGUUAAUAGCAAUGUAGGAACUUCACCACUACCGACAAGGUACCCUCUCUCUGGAAUAAUUUAUUGCAAAACUGAGAAUCCCUGGGAAGGAGGCCAACUAUCUGAUCGAGCACAAUGAUCGAUCCAUGAGGGAUUUCGUUGUGCUAAGAAUGAACUCUGACCGUUUUCAAAAGGACUGCUUCAAAGUAGGAAAUGCUUUCACCUUCAAGGACGUUCGUGAUAUGGCAAAGUCAGAAGAGUCGGCAGACAAACAGCUUCAGCUAAUGAAUACCGAAGUAUACUCGAUCAAAGUUCCUAAAGGAUAUCAACGCCAAGGAAACCAGCGACCAACUCCUUUCACUGGCUCAAGUAGACCGAUAGUCUGCUACACAGCCGUUUUUAGUGUCGUCACGCAACGCUCCUCCCCACUAACGGCUGCUAAAAACCGAACUACAUUCCUUUCCCUUGAUUAGCCAAUUAUAAUUCAGCUCCCAUUUUCUGGAAAGUGUUCGCGCCACCUUUGCGGUACGGUGACUCCUCCAAUCACAGCUUUGCUUUUAUCGUUGCCCCAUGUGUGAAUGACAGAAUAAUCAAAAUCGUCGCGUGAAAACAAGCAAUUAACAACAGUGUUGUCGUAGUCGAGUCGUAUUCAAAAUUUAGGAGAUAAGCAGCAACAGCAAGCAAGUCGAGCAAAUUGCGAUUCACAGCAUGGAUGUGCUCAUAAAGUUGCCAGGUAUAGUUUCGGGAAAUCGCUCAUCGAUAAUUUAUAAGACUGCUUUUUGAAUCACUACCCUUGAGAGUUUAGUCUUCACAGAACACAAUGAGAACAUCCGGUACAUUAAAUUCUUCACUACAUAUCAGCACAUAUGCACGUUAAAUAAACAACCAACCGAUCCUGGUAAAAGUUUUCUAGGCCUAUCAAACCUUUUUUUCACUUGGAACUUUCUUGACCGCUUACAACAAACUUUUUUGCAAAUUAACCUUUUCGUUGCUUGAAAACACAGAGCCCAUCUAACUUCAGCGACGAUUGAUUGAUUUGUCGAAAACUGAGAAGCGUGCUCGCUUCCUAGCGCCCUGCGGCUCACGUAUUGUCAAAUUUCUUGUACAUGAUUGGCUUGUUCGUUAGACCACAAACACAAAGGGAAAGGAAUGUAUUUCGGUUUUCAGCAGCCGUUAGUGGGGAGGAGCGUUGCGUGACGACACUAAAAACGGCUGUGUAGCAGACUAGUAGACCGAAAGCCCGCAAAAACAGUGGCUGGGGUCCCCACCCUCGAGAGUAGUGCCCAGCGAAGAAUGCUACAUGUCACUACUUCCAGAAAGUAGGAAACUUAGCAAAGGUAUGUCUGUUAACGCAAAAGAAUAGAAAUGUGCAUGAAUCGAAGCGACCAGGGCUGGCCUGAGUGAAUCAGUACGAGACUAUAGCCAGUCAUCCUGUAAUGACAUGUUUUUGGCCCCAAUUAGUACAACACCCUUGACCAGUAAUUAGUACGUUAAUUUUUAUUAGGUUUGCUAUUGUAAGCAUUUCAAGUGGCCCUCCAUUUCUCAACUCUCGAGUAACUCUCCUCCACUCGAACGUUUUUGCUGGCCAAAGUUCAACAUUUCCAACCAUUAAGCCAAUCAAAAUGUAUACAUUCAGAAUAUUGUAUACCUGCCAACUCUCACGCAUUAUGCACGAGUCUUACGCCUCUGGACUAAAGAUAUCGAACUCACGCAUCAAGGACAAUUUCUCACACCUGACUCACCUGACUUAUUUCUGACGUUUGGGAUCUAGUUGAAAGCUCUAGAUCUGGUAAACGAAAAGAUGGAUCACCUGUUAUUAAGAACAUAGAAAAACCCAUAUACGAUUUCAGUAUUUCAAAAGUUAUGAUCGUAUCAACGCAUAUGCGAGCUUAUUCGAUAUUUUUAGCUCUAGCGUAACGGAUCUAUUUCAAGCUGAUUUUGUCAAAAGUACGGCUUAUCUAAUUCAUUACUGGCACUGACUCACAAAUUGAGCUAUAUCACAAUCCCUGAGAUGCCAGAUUCCAUAAAAUUCCGGUAAUUGCACUUUAAAAUUCCUGGUAUGCGCCCAGAUUUGAAUUUCAUGCUGACAAUCCAAAUCUCAAAACAGGUGAAACUGUGUCAUGUUUCGAGCUAAAUAGCUCUGUAAAACAACUUUCCAGAGAUGAGCGUUUGCUAGAGAAUCAGAAAAUUAACUAAGCAGGUUUUAUUUUCGGUCAGAAAAUUGAGAUUUAAGUGCUACAACCUCGAGUAAACCUUCCAUUCAAUCGGCUGCAGGUUGACUCGUAAACCGGAAAUGUGAAAAACCAGAAAUCCGGAUCAUCCGGAAAUCGGUACAUCUGAAAUCAAUCAGAAACCGAGGCCAAUUUCCAAAAACAGAGAUAGCUGCAUUAGUUUAGGGCUUCUUCUUGACGCUGAGAGGCGUAAAAGAUGGAACCUUCGAAAUAAGCAAACCGUCGGUUGAUUCGGCAAAUAGGCUCCAGAAGAAACAGUAAAUGUCAUUUACCUGUCACAAACAGGAGAUGUGCCCUAAUAUCACACUUGUGACUAAGGGCCCGUUUACAUGGAGGUGGGGUACCCCAGAUAGGUGAGGUAACCCGCUUAGGUGGGGUAGCCCGCCUGUCCAUAUAAUCUUUCAUUUUAAUGUGAUCACGUUUACAUGUUAGGUGAGGUAACCCGCCACAUGUUACCUCACCUACCUGGGGUCCCCCACCUUCAUGUAAACAGGCCCUAAUACUUCACAUAAGUUAGCUAUAUUUCGAAACUGACUUUGGCGAGAUCUAAAUUUCAGUAGACGGGUUUUUUUCAGAGGAUGGCUCUCCAAGAAAAAACUUGCUACAAAGUGUUCAUUGAAAUUCGCUCUUUUUUUCCACCCCUCUUCACGUUGAAAAGAUGUUUUCGCAGAGAAAUCGUCAACUCAAGAUGAAACUUAAGAUUUAAGAUUUUUAUUUGAAAGGGAUUAGAAUAUCCACAAAUUUAGCGUUAAUGGAAGUGAUCACAUUAGUGGAAUUUGCCUAACCAAAACAAUGCACAAAUCCACAGAUGGCCGCUUACAGUUCACAGAAUUAUUUGUUUACUAAAUUUACCCGAGGAUUUUGCGCAAAAAGUGCUAUACUUAUAUAUGAAAGUGAAAAAGAAACAUGCAAAAAUUUAAUUCUUUCGUCUGGAUUGUUUUUUUCCGGCUAGGUUGAUGAGUCUAAAAAGGAAAUGGAAAUGUAACUGAAAUUAUUUGUCUCUCGAGCUUUUUUGGCCAUAAUAGAAAACAUAUUAAGUUAAAUAAAUCUUAGCCGUACCUACCUGACGCUUAUAGUUCGUGAAUGAUAUUCUUCGUAAGGGGUAGAAUAACCCCACCUGAUGGGACUUCUUUCUUUUGUUAAAGAAAAUCGUGAAUGUCACUUUGGUAGUACGAAAGUGAACUUAAGUUAACGACAAAUAAUAUAUGUUGUUUCAACUGUCACCGACCAUGGUGUUAAAUAGAUAUCUUCUUCAUAAAUAUUUAGUAUAAUCUCUUUUAAUAGCUUUUUCUGUCGCUUUGUGAAUGGAGAUGGAGUCUGUUUAAUUUGUGAAACGCAAGCUGUUAUUAUUUUUGGCUUGCACAUGACGUCACCAAAAAUCAAUCAAAGAAACUGUCGAUUACUCUGAGUUUAUACUUUCACGAGGUAUUACAACACCUAAACGACUUAAAAUAAACAAAUUUUUUGUUCGAAAGGGUACUUUUUUUCGAGAGAGAGAGGACGCUUAAAAUUUCCAGGCUUUUGCGUGACGCGGCAUUUAGCUGACGGCAGGAAAAGCUCUUAGGUGGGUUAAAAACAUUACCGGUCUUGGGAGACUUUGCUAUCUAA